GAGGGACGCUGCUCAGCGCGGACGUGUUCAGCGCCGGGAGUUCGUUCAGCGAGUGUAGCGUGCUGUUCAGCCACGUCGGUAUGGAGCGCUCCACGCGCGAUUGCAUCGACUCCGGAUAGAUGUAGUGCGCGUAGUACGGCCGCACGUAGAACAGGAAGCACAUCCCGGCGAGGAAGAACGCGACGCGGCUGAGGAGGAUCCUGAGGAAUAUGAACCGCUUCUUCAUCGAUCGCACGCUGACGUACUUCACCGGGGACUUGACUCCUCGCGCGCCGCCUCGACGCGCUUUCGACGGCGAGGGCGAUCUCGCCCCCGCCCUCGAUUUCGUCUCCAGCGCGUCGUCGUCCGACGCGACGGCGGGGUUCCCCCGUCGUCGCGUCGGCUUGGGCGCGUCGUCCGCGGCCGUCGCGGACGCGCGGGGCAUCGGUCCCGACGCCGACGCGACCCGUGCGCCGUGCGCGAGCGGGUGUGCGCGCGCGAAGACGCGGGCGCCCCUCGGGGCGCGCGAUGCUGAGAUCGACGUUUUCCGUGACGUGCUGUGAACAGCGCGCGCCGCGCCGGUUCGACUCCCAACGCCUUUUCGUCCAACCCCGACGCGACGUGCGCGCGACGCACAUCACGCGCGCGCGAGCGAGACGCGCGCGAGCGCCCGAGCGAGCUCGCGAGAACCUCUCGAUACCUGGACGCGCGCGAGAUGGUCGUCAUCCUCGACGAGGUCCCCGAGCGACCCGCCUCCGCGGCGUCGCGAGGGGACGUUCCCGAUCUCGGGAACGAAGAAUCUGCGGAGGCGGCGCGCGCGAAAGGCAACGCCGCGUUCAAGGAUGGGGACAUGGCGACCGCGGCGUCGAUGUACACGGACGCGCUCGCGCGCGUUCACGCGCCGAGCGAGAUGGCGGCGCAGAUCCUCGGGAACCGAUCCGCGGCGUACGUCGCGCUCGGAAGAAACAAGGACGCGAGGAACGACGCGACGCGAUGCGUCGAGUUGUCCCCGGAAGGGUCUUCGUACGCGGCCAAGGCGCGGUUCCGGCUCGGGAACGCGCAUCACGCGUGCGGCGAUCACAUGGAGGCGCAGAGCGCGUACCGCGACGCGCUCGAGCACGCGCCGAGGGACAAGGCGAUCUUGAAGAAGCUCGCGGAGGUCAGCCGCGAGUUGGGGAAAAAAAUACGAGAGGAGAACGAAGCCGCCGCCAGAGCGCCGCCGAGGCCGCCGCCGCAAAAGGCGACGAUCCAAUUGGGCAACGCGGCGCUCAAAGAAGGAAGGUUCGAGGACGCGCUCGCGAUUUACGAUGCAGCCCCGCCGCCGAGCGAGGAACGCAAGAAUCGAUACCUCACGAACCGAUCGCACGCGUUGUACGAGCUCGGGAGGUACGAUGAAGCCGUCGACGCCGCGCGCGAGUGCACGUCCCUCGAUCCCGAUUACGUCAAAGGGUGGUUUUGGCUCGGCAAGGCGCUCGAAGCCGUCGCGAUCGACUCGAAGAAUCUGGAAGCCGCGAGGCGAGCGUACAACGCGUUCGCUCAGUGUUUGCGUCGAGACCCAGAAAACGUGCACUUGAAAGAAGCCGCGGAGCGGACGAGGGAAUUCAGGGACACGUGCGAGACGCUCCUCGCCGCCGCCGCCGCCGCCGCCGCGGGGAAGACGCCGCCGCGGGACGACGCGAAGAAGGCGUGGAAGGUCGAAGUCAUCGGGGAGGAGGAGGACGCGAAGAAGAAGAAGAAGAAGAAGAAGGAGGACGCGGUGAAGAACGAAGCGAAGGACGAGACCAUCGCGGAGACCGCCGCCGCCGCCAAGGCGAAAGCGGAUGCGGACAAAGCCGUCGUCAAGGCGAAGGCGGAGGCGGACAAAGCCGCCGCCAAGGCUGAAGCGGAGGCGGAAAAAGCCGCCGCCAAGGCGAAAGCGGAGGCGGAAAAAGCCGCCGCCGCCAAGGCGAAAGCCGAGGCGGAAAAAGCCGCCGCUGAAAAGGCGAUGGCGGAGGCGGUAAAAGCCGCCGCUGAAAAGGCGGAGGCCAUCCAUAUCGCGCUUCGAAUCGCGGAGGAGAAGGCGGCCGCGGAAGCGGCCGCCGCCAAGGCGAAAGCGGAAGCGGAAGCGAACGCGAAGGAGAAAACCGCCGACCCGACGGACCCGGAACCGGAACCGGACGCGGAGACGGAGCCUGACCCGGCCAAGGCGGCGAAGAAGAAAGCCGCGUACGCGAAGAAACGCGCGGCGAAGAAACGCGCGAAGGAGGUGACCUUGUCCGGCGACGCCGCCGCCGCGGUCGCCGCCGCCGCCUCGGAGGUGGGCGGCGAGUGGGUCGUCGUGAACCCGGACUCGGAGGACGGACCGCCGCCGCCGCCGCCGAGAGUCGAGCCGAGCGCGGAGGAUCUUCUGAGGGCGCCGACGGUGGCGACGGCGUCUUUCGAAGCCCUCCGCGGUCGCGUGGACGAGGCCUCGAACGACGCGUUCGCGACGUUCCGCGCGUCCGUGCGAGCGCACGGAUGCGCGGUCGUGACGCUCCCGCCCAAGCUCGCGUCGUUCAAAGCGUUCGCCGUCGCCGCGGACGCCGCGCGCGCGUUUUUCCGUCAAGACUUGAAGAUUAAAGCGCACCACAAGCCAGUGGGCGCGUCCUCGCGUCUGGGGUUCAGGACCCCGAGAGACGCGCUCCCUCACGCGGUCGCGUGCGCCGGCGAUGGCGUGAAGACCGGCGUGAGGUUCAAACGAGACGAGAGAGAUCACGAGAGCUUCGUCAUCGGCGACGAGCACGACCGGUGGUUCGCGUGGCCCGGGGGGAACGCCAAAGAGGACGCGCCUCUGUUUGAUUUCAAAAGGAAGACCGUGGACGCGCACGUUCUGCUGCAUCGCAUCGCGGUGAGCGCGGGGGACGCGCUCAUGCGCGACGUCGUGGAGAUGGACGACGAUUUCGAGACGAAGACCGCGGAGUGCGCGACGUCGUCCUGGUACGCGCGGACGACGUUCGUGCACCGCCCGGCGCCGGCGGCGAGAGAGGCGGGGCCGGGAGACGACGCCGACGCCGACGCCGACGCCGACGCCGACGCCGUGCUCAGGGCUGCCGCCGCGAGCGUCGUGACGGCGGUUCGCGCGGAAGAAGAGCCGACGUUCGUGACGAUCAUUCCGUGGCUCGACGCCGUCGUCGCGCCAGUGAACCUCCCGAACGGCGAAGUCUUCGAGUGGCCUCCGAAAGCGGCUCGCGGCGGCGGCGGCGGCGGAGGAGACGUCGAAGACGCGUUCCUCGUCGUCUCCGGGACGAUGAUGCGCGACCUCGCGCGCGGGGUGUACCCCGCUCCGUUCGUGAGACACGAGCGCGCGGCGGAGGACGACCGCGCGGGCGUCAACGAAACAGAGCUUCGAGCAGACACCACACCGCACUCGCGCGCCAGGCACAUGCACGCGUCGCUCGCGUCCGCGCGCGUAUCGAUAGGCUCGCGCGGGCGCUCGCGCGUCUGCCGCCCCGCCGACGCCCGCGGAGCGUCGAACCCACGCCGCGCGGCGUCGUUCGCAUCCGGCAGAGCGUCGAUCGAUGUGAGGUGCCAACUCGACGUCGACGCGACGCGACGCGCCUGCUCUGUCGCCGCGGCGCUUAUUCUCGCGGUCUCGACCGCGUUCGACGCGAGCGCGUUCGUCCCGAUCAAAGGAUGCGGCGACCCGGGGUCGCCGUACGACACGGGCGUGGUCCUCGAGCAGAGCGCUGGCGGGGAGAGCGACGACGGGAGAAAACUCGCGAACUGCACGAAACUCUAUCAGCCCGCGAGGGACGCGGAGCGAAGGGCGGUCGCCGCCGCGAAGCAGGGGAAGGGCGGGGGCGCGGAUGAGACGCGCGGGGGCGAUGCGAAGUCCACGCCGGCGGCGUCCUACGACUCGUCGGCGAUAGAACCUAGCUAG